UGUGUGCGUGCAAACACCCUUUCCCCAAGGCCUGUCGCAUCAAAUAGGGCAGGGGUACCACUUGUGUUGCUUUAAAGGGGAAAAACUUCAGACUUGUUAAUAUUUGAAAUCUAGAAAGAGGAACAGUUGGGGAGAAAAAAGGCAGGGAGUCAUUGUUGAACUUACUCAAUGAACUCCGUUUGAAAUCUCUGGAACUGAAAGAAAUUUUUGGUAGCGAUGCAGAGGAUUAACCAUUGUAUGCUAAAACAAUUCUGACUGUCCCAAAUGGGGAAAUCAGUAUGUUAUGGGGAUGAAAUUCAACUGCAUGAGUCUGACACUGUGAUGUUGAGCUGAUAUAUUCCUUUGCAGCAUCCUUGCAUACCAUGUGACAAUGGGUCAUGGCCCCUGAAUAAUGUGAUACAAUGUGCCAGUGCUACACAGGCCCAAAGCUGAUAUUGGAAUUGGUGAUUGUCUCAAAAGCAGCACUUAUAUGUGGAGUUACCCAAUCAGAAAAUCUAAUCCACUAUUUGUGGGGCUGUUACCCUGUCUCUGGGUCCUUAUGUCACAUGCAGGUUUCUGUUACUUGGUACAUAUAACUUUUAACAGUGAGGGUGAUUUUACCAUUGGAACAACUUACAGGGGGAUGUGGUAGAUUCUCCAUCACUUGAAGAUUUAAAACAAGAUGGAAUAGCUUUCUAAAAACAUGCUGUACCUCAGACACAAGAUAAGGGUUGGAUGCAGGAAUUACUGGGUGAAAUUCUAUGGUCUUGUUAUGCAGGAGGUGAGAUUAGGUAAUCAUAAUGGGUGGUUCCUUCUGGCCUUGAAAUCUGUGAAUAAAUGUUUCUAAAACCGCUGUUAUUGGGAAAGAUGAAGGAGAAUUUAGACUAAAUUUAUUAGUGGGGAAAAUGGGACUUUUGGAGGAGUAAUGUUAACUAACCUUCUUUCUUAGUGAAUUUAACGUUGGGAUGAAGUUCUUUAAUGACAGCUCUGGUGACUGAAUGCCUCUCUAUAUUCACAGAACAGCUACAACAUGGUGUCCUUUCACUAUGUUUAAAGAACUAUUUUUAGGUGAAAGAGGGGCAUCCAGAUUCAUUUGUUUCACAGUACCUUUGCCGCUGCCAACAAAGGUGCUCCCUGUGCUAACAGUGAUGGGGCAUGUGUUGCAAUAGGUGUUCACCUAUUCCCUAGAAACUGGACCAAGAAGAACCAUUUAGCUUCACAUGUGACCGUCUCACAGCAAUCCGACGGCCUGGUAUUCAAUAAUCUCGAUCUUGCAGCGUUGUUUCAAGGACUGGAUAAUGUUGGUACUGUUCUUAAGAUACGAAAAUCUCACUGUAAAUGCUGAGCUCUUUGGCGGCACGGGACCAUCCUUUUGUUCUGUGUUUGUACAGGGCUGAUGCAGAAUAGAAUCCUGGUCCAUAAUUGAGACUCUUGGAUGCUACUACAAUGCAAAUAAAAAAUAAUUAUAAUUAACAACUGCAGGUGCCCAAUAGUCUCUAAAAUGAGUCAGUAAAUUUCAGGAGUCGCAUCUGUAGAAGAGCUUACUGAUAGAUUGAAAGGAAUGAGUUAUCAGAGGUUGGUGAGCACUUCCCUUCAGUGCCAAAGGUUCCACACUGCAGCAGGAUGUCUAAAGAGCAAAACUGGGGCAGAGCACCGCUGGCUGGAGCGGCAUCUUAAGGAUCCAUUUGUGAGGGCAACAAAACAACAUAAUUAUCGUUGCCGGAGUGCUUUCAAACUGCUGGAGAUAGAUGACAAACAUAAGGUUCUUCGUCCAGGGCUCUCUGUGAUAGACUGCGGGGCAGCUCCUGGAGCUUGGAGUCAGGUUGCGGUACAGCGAGUCAAUGCUUUGGGCACUGAUCCUAAUGCCCCUGUUGGUUUUGUCCUUGGAGUUGACCUUCUUCAUAUUUCCCCUCUGGAAGGAGCAGUCUUCCUUCCCAAUGCUGAUAUUACAGAUCCAGUCACGCUUAAGAAGAUCCAGGAGCUCCUUCCUACAGAGAGGGCAGAUGUUAUCUUGAGUGACAUGGCACCUAAUGCCACAGGGAUCCGAGAGCUAGAUCAUCAGAAGUUGAUUAACUUGUGCUUGACCCUUUUGGAUCUGUCCCAAAGUAUCUUGCGGCCAAGGGGAACCAUCCUUUGUAAAUUCUGGGAUGGACGGGAAGCCCAUCUUCUCCAAAACAGACUAAUGGAGCACUUCCAAGACGUGCGAACUAUAAAGCCUCAGUCCAGCCGGAAAGAGUCAGCAGAGAUCUAUUACUUGGCAAAACUAUACAAUGAUGGAGUGAAAUAUCAGAAACACUGAUGAUUGUGUCUGCCAUUAUUGCAGUGGUUGUCAGUCACUGACUGGAUACUUUGAUUUGAAGUGUAUUUAAAAAAAAAAAAAAAAAUCCCAGCAUUGAGACUCUGAAAUUGAAUUGCUUUAUUUUUAAGCCUAAUUUGGUGAAAUCUGUCAUUUAUAUAACACCAUAGGUGUUCAUCAUGGUUUAUAGAUACAAAAUAAAACAAGGUUGUUGCCCCACUGAGUUUAUAAUCUAAUUAGGCAAGUAAGGACAUCCAGUCUAACUCCCCACCUGGGAAGAAAGCUCUUGGAAAUGUAUAUAAAACCUGCCUGUGGGGGAUGGAAACAAAAAUAAAACACUAGUUAUA